AUCGCAGAUCCCGUGAAGGCGAGGCUGAGGCUUCGCACGGAUUAGAGUCAAUGGCAGAUUACACCGUGCCUUUCGGAAGAGAUGCAGAUUUAUGGAUUUCGGCAGGUUUCCAAAGUCACUCAUCAUUAUCCAACGAACGGCAUAUUUUACCCAGACCAACGGAUUGAGGAACACGAAGAAUGGGAUUGAGGAUAACGACUCCGUGGGGGUUUAAAUGUUUCGACAAAAUAUUAUGCAAUUAGUUAAUAUUACAGAUGCAAUCAUCCUACCACUCAAACUAUAUGAACUCAUUUAGGCGGGAUCAUUCUACGUUUUCCAAGAAAAUGGCUGAAAUCAAUUUAUUCCAAAGUUAUCCAACAAUUGUUCAAUUGGAAACGAUGCGAAUUGUGCACAGGUAAUUUCUUGGAGGAACAUUUACCUGGUUUUCUGUCGUAUUGGGUUGUUGACAGAGGCAGAGUCCGUUUCCACAGGGAGACACCGCAGUCCAGGCGCAGCACAGAAGAUAAACAUGCAGUCCCUUGACCCAUGGAGAUAUGGCAUAUAGGUUGAUCUCAAACCGAAUCGUGCCAUCUUCAAAUAGGUUGAGCAAACGAUUUAUUUUUAUAUUCACCAUUUCAUUGUCCUUCACAUAUUUAUGCUACAGCAUUCUGUUUUGUUGUGGUACAAUCAUGCCAACCCAGAGUUAUGAGGAAAAAAGGUGCCUCCAUCACAAGAACGUAGGAAGCAAAAAACUUCUGCAAAAAGAUUGCACCGCGGACAGGAGGACUGCUCUGGAUGAGACUUUAAACGUGGCCCUCACUCACCAAGGAUCAAGUCAUGCUCGCAACCAAAGUAGAAAUUCUGCCUUGCCAAUCACUCACAAACGGAGUAUUGCCCCAUUCGAAUAUAAUAUUACUGUUGCACAGAAAUAUGGAAACAAAAAGUUACCUAACGCACUAAUCGUCGGGGUGAAGAAGGGCGGCACCAGGGCGGUGCUGGAGUUCAUUCGAAUUCAUCCAGAUGUGCGCGCGCUCGGAACAGAGCCCCACUUUUUCGAUAGAAACUAUGACAGAGGAUUGGACUGGUACAGAGGACUAAUGCCACGGACUCUAGACAGCCAAAUCACCUUGGAGAAAACCCCCAGCUACUUUGUGACACGAGAGACUCCCAGACGCAUCGCCAGUAUGUCCCCCAACACCAAGCUGAUUGUGGUGGUGCGUAACCCAGUCACCAGGGCCAUCUCAGACUACACACAGACCCUGUCCAAGAAGCCGGAUAUCCCCACCUUCGAGGAGCUGGCCUUCCAGAACCGGAGCCAGGGUCUGGUAGACACCUCAUGGAACGCUAUCCGCAUAGGGAUGUACAUCCUCCACCUAGAGAACUGGCUGCAGUACUUUCGCCUCUCCCAGAUCCACUUUGUGAGCGGCGAGCGGCUGAUCACGGACCCGGCGGGGGAGCUGGGCCGAGUCCAGGACUUCUUGGGUCUCAAACGCAUCAUCACAGACAAGCACUUCUACUUUAACCGAACCAAAGGCUUCCCUUGCCUGAAGAAGCCAGAGAGCAGCAGCCAGCCCCGCUGCCUGGGCAAGUCCAAGGGCAGAACUCACGUGCAGAUCGACCGGGAGGUCAUUGAGCAGCUCCGGGACUUUUAUAGGCCUUUUAAUAUCAAAUUCUAUGAGAUGGUGGGGCAAGACUUUAGGUGGGAUUGAGAAUCUGAUUUUUUUUUAAAGCAGGUGAUGUGUGUUUAUUGAAAUGAAUACCUCAGUGGAGUCAUUCGAAUGAGGACACCUUAAAGUGAAUCCAAUUUCUCUUCAUGUUUGAAUAUACAGUGCGAGUUUAACAAGGUGUACGUAAUCUGCCUUUAACUUUAAAACCUCUGAUAUAACUUCCUACUUUAACAUCAUGCUGGUUGUGUUAACCAAAUAAGAUAGAAACAUAUGCUACCAUGCCAUUUAUUCUCACAAUUAGUAUUUGUCAUACACUAAAUUGUGUUUCUUCACAAAGGCCUGUUACUUUCACAACACUGUACCAUGUCAAUCGUUCCAACUCAAUGGACAACAAUAAAGAGUAUAGAGACAGCUGAGAUUUGUUGUAACAUGUCUGUCCUAUGCUACAGUAUGAUCACAGACAUGACAAAGCUAUAGUAUGUAAACUCGGCAUAAAAUGUGUAUCAUAAAGGCAUUCUGGCAAUAAUGAAUGUAAAAACGGUUCAUGGAUGCCCUCGUGCAUAUUAUCGUAUCAAAUCGUGGGCAUUAUGAUGAUACUUGUGGCGUGUAAUGAAAAGACAUAGAGGAAGACGUGGAGUUGAACUACAGAGCAAAGUGAGCUCUUCAUCUAAGGCAUGUAGAAUGUAGCAUGUAGAAAAACAGCAGAGGAUUUUACUCAGCCUUUUGAGAAAUGAGGAAUGGCUUGAUUAAAGAGGCUAAAAUAAGAAGCUCCCAAACAAGCAGAUUCAGAUUGAAUAAUGUAAGUUGAGUACUGCAGUCUUGGUUAAAUGUUUUAAGGCAGAACUUGUGCAUUAAUCAUUGCCCAAACAGUACAUAGAAGUACACAAAUUACAGAGCGUUACGUCUAACCCCUACAAACCAUUUGCAAAUUUGGGGAUGUAAUAAAUGCCCAGUAUUCCUAGUUUAAUUGCAAUCAUUAGCGUUGUAAAAUAACCACCUCCAUGUAACAUAGACACAAAGAACCAAUGCAUUUUUUACACAUUUAUUACAUAUUCAUAGCAGCAGCAUAAAAACUGUGCUGUUCCUUCCACGGCAUGUCCUUGGUGUAAUGAACACAAGGGGAGACAGAGAGCUGGUCUCAAGCACAGGGCGCAGCAGGUGAUAAUUGAAAAAGACCACUGGAGGAGGCAGGUAGCUGGGUCCAGGGGCAGGCAGAGGGUCAUACACAGGGGGUCCAAAAGGGCAACAGUACAGGCAGGGAAAAGGCUAGUAACGUAGUCCGGGAGAUCAGGCAAUAGGUAGGUAACAGGCAGGGAAUAGGCAAAAAGGCGUCGUUAGUGAGGCAGGCAAAAACUAUCAUACACGGGAGGUGUAGAUUACGGGAAAAACAGAGUUCUAAAGACGUGUGUCACAAAACAAGCAAUAACUCACAGUGACGGGGUGCAAAGACCUGAACUAAAUAGUGUGUAUUAAUGACCUA